ACCUCUCAGCUAUGCUCUUCUCCUGCUGCUUUUCUUCCUCUCAGCUUGAAUUAAGUUUACUGACUGCCCACAUUUAAUAGGAUUGCUACAUAUAACCACUUUGCCCAGUAUACAGGCAUAAGGGACAAACAAGGAUAAUAAAAAGAAGAGACUGAACAACAAUAGAUAGAGCCAGGAGGAGGGGGCUAAAGAUCAAGCUGGAAAUAUGGAACCACUUAGGCCCUGAGAGCGCACCCUAUAAAGGGUUAAAGAUGGCUACGGGAUAAGUGGAGCUCGUUUAUCGCAAAUUUGACAGUGGUAGUUAAAUGGUGAGUUUUCCCUCCGAGCUGCCAGUCUGGAAAAGCAGACAAGGCUCUCUGCUCUCCUCACCUCCGGUCUUUCCCCACUCUCCCGUGCUCUCCUUUCGUUGUUUAUGGCCGCCUGUCUCCUCAUCUCAGCCCUUAAAUCCUCCUCGUGAGACAGGACAAAGGAGAAGAGGAUUUUCUCAUUUGUCUCUCUUCUCGCACCUCUACACUCUUAUUUUUCAUCGCUGCUUUGGGCCCUGCAAGACUAUCUUCUCCGCUUCAUCUCCAUCCAUACCACCCCCGUCUUUGCACUCUUUCCCCCCCACUCUUGUCUCUUUCUGUCCCUCGCUGUGGAACUAAAAUCCUCAACCUGCCACCCCUGGAGUGCUCGCAGAUGUCCACAGCCUGGCGCUGAAGCGGGCGCUUGCCAGCAGCCCAGAUGCAUUUGCGACUCGUUGCCAUUGUGAUGUCCUUCCUAUGUGAGGUGAUCAAAAUGGGGUCCGGCGUGGUGCAGAAGCAAAGCGCUCACAGAGAGACAUCAGAGGACUGUCGGAGCUGUCUGGAGUGUUCCCGUGACAACGGCUGUGUGCGUUGCCCCGAGCGACUCUUCCUGUUCCUGCAGAGGGAGGGGAUGUCUCACCAUGGAACUUGUCUCCACGCCUGCCCUGCUGGACACUACGGACAGAGAGGGAAGGACAUCAACCGCUGCAUGAAGUGUCGCUCUUUGGACUGUGAGCACUGUUUCAGCCGGGACUUCUGCACCAAGUGUAAGCCCGGCUUCCAGCUCUACAAAGGCAAGUGUCUGACCCGCUGCCCAGGAGGAACCUUCGCCCACCAGACAGACUGCGUCGAGGACUGUCUCCUGGCUCCGUUGGGGGAGUGGAGCGACUGGAGUGUCUGUCUCCGUGACGGCGUCCCCUGCGGCUUCAGGUGGGGCAAGCAGACCAGGACCCGGGGGGGCGGCCCGUCCGGGAGAGCGCCGGAAGAGAAAGCGGCAUCAUUCUGCCCGUCCCACAGCGAGACACAGAGGUGCAGGAUGAAGAAAAGGUGUCCUACAGAAAGAAGAGCUAAUAAAAAAGGAGGAUCGGGAAGGAAGAAGGAGAGAAGACAACAGCUGCUCGCCAACGACGACGUCGGCCACUCGCCAAACGGAACGGCAGGCGGCGCCAGCGAGCACGAGUGUCCCUGGAGCGAGGAGACGGACGCACAGCUCAGCGCCACCCCCGACACCUGCUGGAACACGACGUCAGCGGGGGCUCUGUGACCUGGGAGCACGCCGGUGGUUCUGAACAACCUUUAUUAACACGCACUGCCUUUCCCCACAAGCUUGUUUACUGGAAAAAUGAACAAAUAACUCGAUAAUACGACAAAGAAAUUCUUAGGCUAUGUACACACGUGGCUGACUAGGGCGCUUUUGUAGUAAAAUUUAAAAAAACAUUAGCUGGCCGCAUUUUGGUUCCAAAAAGCAGCCGAGUGUCUUUUGUGGCUAUAACAGCUGCUGUUACUGUGUCUCUGAGACUAUAACUAACGUUAGAUAUGGAUAUAGAAAAAGCAAAGCGGUGGAGCGAGCUAGAGAAAGAACAGAGAAAGAGAGAGAGAGAGAGAGCGAAAGAAGUGCUAACGUUAGAUAAAACAAAGCAGAGAAGCAAGCUAAAGAAAGAACAGAGAGAGAGAGAGAGAGAGAGAGAGAGAGAGAGAGAGAUGCUAACGUUUGAUAAAACAAAGUGGUGGAGCGAGCUAGACAAGGAACAGAGAGAGAGAGAUGCUAACGUUAGAUAAAACACUAAGUUCUCAACGUAAAACAGGUGCCGGCAGCUUAAAACCAGGAUGUGUAUGUAGGGUUUCUAUCACGUCCCCCAAGUGGGCCCCCCCGAUAGAGACACUGCUCCAUGGCUUCAAUAGUGGCCCCCAAACUCCAGAGAAACCUUGACCUCAAACUAAGUGUUCAUGUUAAUCCACCGUGAUGCAUGUGGAUGUGCCGGCUGACCAGUAGUUAUCUGUCUGGGAAUUUGGGGGGGUGGAGCUUCUGAAGGGGGGUGGGGGCUGUCAUUGUUUAGCAGUUGAGUUCAAAUAUGAACAAUCAUACUGCACCUUAAAACUCUUCAAUACGUCCUCAGUCCGCCUCUGAGACACGUGGGUUUGCUUCAGUACGUUAGAUCAUUAGGUGCAGUAUUUAUCUAAUUCAAAAAUAAUGAUUCAAUUAAAGGAUGGAGAAUUAAUUACGUAUGCCUGAGCAGAAUUUGACACGCAGUGAGACAACCCCCCCGACCCUGAUUGGUGCGUCUGAACAGGCUGUGGGCGGAGCUAGAGGAGCCGACCUGCUUCAUGUAGUUCUUCUGGAACAUGGGGUCGGUUUCAGCAGAUAUGACAGGAGUUAGUGUUCUAGUUUUAGAAGAGUUAACUACUGCACCUUUAAGAUGAUCGGCUCCUGAUGUGCAGUCAGGAACCGUUGGGGAAUGUGUCCCCUUGGUUCCGAGACCUGCUGGGUCCUGGGAGGCGUUUCCAAAUCAGAGGGGGGGGGGAAAUGAGGCCAAAUCCCAACCUCACCACUUAGUAACGCUAAAUACAGACAAGCUGGUCAGUAGACUUCUGAUUCAUCUCAAUAAAAGUGUCACUUUUGUUUUUGAGGUAAAAUGCUGGAAAUGCAGACAACAUUGUUGCAUAUUGUUUUCACAAAUAUUUGUUGUAUUUGUAAAAAAGGAAUUCUUGCACAGUUAGAAGUGUUUAGCAGGAAGUUCAUCUUCACACUUUGCCUUUACAAUCACAUUUCAAGUAUUUAGUUGACAUGUUUGUGACAAUAUAGACGGAGAAAAUAUAUGCAUUAAAUGUUGUAAUCAUAAACUCGCCAGCCUUAUAUUCAGCCCGCCUUUUCCGAUGUUGCACAACUACAGCUACAGGAACCAGUAGCAAGACUGAAGACGUGGGGAGUCCUUCUUUUUCUCCGGUCCGUUCAUUGGCUAGCUUCUGUCUGUUGUAUAUUUAUCAAUAUUUCUAUGACUAAAUGGGAUUUUAUUCCAUAACCUGAAUGUGUGUUCCAAUAAAUGUAUAUUUUGAUG